CCGGCACUUGUGAGUCAUCGCCUCUCAGACAGCCAGCGUGAUUGUAGUCUCCUCUUGUCAUCACUGUUCUUGCUACCGGACAUAUUAGGAACCACGAAUUUCUCUUAAAUUGCCUGACAGGAUUGAGAUGUUACAUUUUAGGUUUUCGACAGUGCUGAAGGAGUUGUUUGAAGCCACCCUCAAGCGUCCCUUGCCCGGCUCUAGAGAGAAGACCUGGUUACCGGCCCGCCACUGCUGCUUCGGCACCGCCUCCGUUGAUGCCAGAGCUGUAUCUACUCAUCUGAAGGUCCUCCAUGCCGCUGCGCACCGCCCGGCGCUUCGCACCGCGCCCUGCGCCACCCCGGUCCGCUCGUACUGCGCGAAAACUGAAGGUGCAGUGCAGCUGGACGAACAGUUGAAGAAGGAUGGAGGCGUCAGUGAGGCAUCCAGCGACAAAAGAAGAAAUGCAGGCAUUCUCCCCAGUCUGGAGGAUUUGCUCUUCUACACAGUCGCAGAAGGUCAAGAGAAAAUUCCUGCUCAUAAAUUUCUUACAGCACUUAAGGCCACAGGGCUUCGCACUGGAGAUCCCCGGCUGAAAGAAUGCAUGGAAACCCUCAAAGAAACUCUAAAGAAGACAUCAGAUGGUGUAACGCUGGACAGGCACCUAUUCAAAAAGUGUGUCCAGAGCAACAUUGUCCUGCUCACUCAGGCCUUCCGCAAGAAGUUCGUCAUCCCAGACUUCCAGUCCUUCACCUCCCAUAUUGAUGAGCUGUAUGAGAGUGCCAAAAAUCUCUCUGGAGGACAGGUUGCAGACUACAUUCCUCAGCUUGCCAAAUUCAGCCCAGACCUGUGGGCUGUCUCUCUGUGCACAGUCGACGGACAGAGACAUACAGUAGGAGACACCAAGGUCCCUUUCUGUCUGCAGUCUUGUGUCAAGCCUCUAAAGUAUGCUGUUGCUGUCCAUGACCAUGGCACAGAGUAUGUGCACAGUUUCAUUGGAAAGGAGCCCAGUGGCCUGCGCUUUAAUAAGCUCUUCCUGAAUGAAGAUGAUAAGCCCCACAACCCCAUGGUGAAUGCUGGCGCUAUUGUUUGUACUUCACUGAUAAAGCAAGGUGCAGGCAAUGCAGAAAAAUUUGACUAUGUCAUGAGCUUUCUGAAAAAGAUGGCAGGAAACGAGUAUGUAGGUUUCAGCAACGCCACAUUCCAGUCAGAGCGUGAGUCAGGAGAUCGGAACUUUGCCAUUGGCUAUUACUUGAAAGAAAAAAAGUGUUUCCCAGAGGGGACAGACAUGACAUCUGUACUGGACUUCUAUUUUCAACUAUGUUCCAUUGAGGUUACCUGUGAGAGCGCCAGUGUCAUGGCAGCUACCCUGGCUAAUGGUGGUAUCUGCCCAAUCACGGGCGAGCGCGUGCUAAGCCCAGAGGCAGUGAGGAACACCCUGAGUCUGAUGCACUCCUGCGGCAUGUACGACUUCUCAGGACAGUUUGCCUUCCAUGUCGGUCUGCCAGCCAAGUCUGGAGUAGCAGGGGGGAUCCUGCUGGUUGUACCCAACGUGAUGGGUAUUAUGUGCUGGUCGCCCCCACUAGACAAGCUGGGCAACUCAGUCAGAGGAAUACAAUUCUGCACGGACCUCGUGGAGCUUUUCAACUUCCACAACUACGACAACCUGAGGCACUUUGCCAAGAAGCACGAUCCUCGCAGAGAGGGAGGGGAUCAGCGGGUCAAGUCGGUCAUCAACCUGCUGUUUGCUGCCUACACAGGAGACGUCUCUGCCCUGAGGAGAUUUGCUCUGUCAUCCAUGGACAUGGAGCAGAGGGACUAUGACUCCAGAACGGCCCUCCAUGUGGCAGCAGCUGAGGGGCACACAGAGGUGGUCCGCUUCCUGCUGGAGGCUUGCAAGGUGAACCCAGUACCCAGAGACAGAUGGGGGAACACACCGAUGGAAGAAGCGGUGCAGUUCGGCCACCACGACGUGGUCACCAUCCUGCGGCACUACCACGACAAAUACAGCCCCCCUGCCGGGGGUGACGACAAGGAGAGCGCUGAGAAGAGCCUGGACAGCUUGCUGUAGACCUGCUGCAACACAUCUGCAAUUUCUCGGUUUCAGCAGCUGGCUCAUUUUGAUUUUCUGGAAUAACUUUGUAUAUCAGUGCUCAGACAUUUGAAACGUAUGGUGCAUUAGUUAUUUGUUUUUCUGUUGCUGCGUCUCGUCUGGUGUGCUUUGCUCUCUAGGCUGUAUAUCACUGCUCUACUUCAUUUCACUUCCUCACCUUCGCCGAUGUAAUGUGUGUUGUAUCUGUGUGAGCACCUUCUCGAUACUAUUUAAACAAAUUAUACAAUAUCUAAUAUCUGUAAUGCAAUGUUUACAAUAUAUUCUCAUGUAAUUUGUCAGUACUGUAAAACACAGUUGUGCUAUCAUGGGAUAGUAUAUUAGUUUAGUUACAGUAAAGUACUCUUCUCUACCUGGUAAUAUUUUGGUGAUACUCUGACUGUAUUAGUUUUGUGAGAUAGUGAGGUGUUUUGAAAUUAUGGUAUAAAUUUGUAUGAUGUAUCUCUGAUUGUGUAAACAUGUAAAAACCACCAGGCAUCAUGCUAA